CAAAUGAAGAAGAGUGCACAGUACCGUGACCACAAAGAGCAGUUUGGAGACAGAUGGGAUCACUCAUGCCAGCAAGCCUUUGACUUGAUUAUUGAAAAACUGACUACUUCUCCUGUCUUAGGAUUUGCAGAUCCAAAGCUUCCUUACAUUCUGCAUACCGACGCCAGCACCACCGGGCUCGGGGCAGCCUUGUACCAAAGACAAGAAGGACAGAUGCGAGUAAUUGCAUUUGCAAGUCGAGGGUUGACAAAGAGUGAAACCAAGUAUCCAGCUCACAAGUUGGAGUUCCUGGCUCUUAAAUGGGCGGUAACCUCCAAAUUCAAUGAUUACCUGUAUGGAGCAGAGUUUGUGGUGGUAACAGAUAGCAACCCAUUGACUUACAUUUUGACGUCUGCAAAACUGGAUGCCACCAGUUACCGUUGGUUGUCGAGCCUGUCCACCUAUAAUUUUAAGCUUCAGUAUAGAGCUGGAAGUCAGAAUCGUGAUGCUGAUGGACUUUCUAGGCGUCCACAUGGAGAGCCUUUAGAUGAUCUAGUGUCCCAAAAAGAGAGGGAGAGGAUAAAACAGUUCACCCUUCAUCGGUUGAGUGAAACAGGAGUAGAGGAUUCUGUGAUUCUACCAGAGGCAAUAAACGCCAUUUGUGAAAGACAUCAACUCAGAGAGUUCCUAGAUGAUGUUGGUUUGUCGGAUGCCUCUAUUACUCUUGUCAAGUCUUUGGCUCUACAUGCUGAUGUCUUACCUGAUGGGUUUGAACAGGAAGAUGAACACGGGCUCCCUGUAAUUCCUUAUCUUUCUCGAGAGGAGCUGAUAAAGCAGCAAAAGAUGGAUCCCGACCUUAAAGUCAUCAUGGAUUGGAUGGAAUGGAAUGAUAAGCCUCCAGACCCAAAGAGUCAUCCCCAUACAGUUGCUUUGUGGAUAAGGGAAUGGAAUCGACUUAAACUGAUUGAAGGAGUGCUCUACAGGGAGAGAACAGAUCAAGGGGUCACACACUAUCAACUAACCUUACCUGUUGCUUUGCGAGGAAUGGUUCUGAAGAGCCUACAUGAUGACAUGGGGCACAUGAGUAUGGAGAGAACUAUUGACCUCAUCAGAAAUAGAUUCUUUUGGCCCAAAAUGGCACUAGCUGUGGAAGAAAAAAUCAAGACAUGUGAGAGGUGUGUACGUAGGAAGAUGCCCCCAGAGAAAGCCGCUGCUUUGGUGAACAUCAAGACCACGAGACCGUUGGAGUUAGUCUGUAUGGACUUUUUGUCUCUGGAACCAGAUAGGAGCAAUACUAAGGACAUACUAGUCAUAACGGACCACUUCACCAAAUAUGCAGUGGCGAUCCCUACGAGAAACCAAAAAGCCCAAACUGUGGCUAGGUGUUUAUGGGACAACUUUUUUGUACAUUAUGGCUUUCCAGAGAGGUUGCACAGCGACCAAGGGCCAGACUUUGAAUCUCGACUGAUCAAAGAGUUGUGUGACAUUGCCGGUGUCCGUAAAGUGAGAACUACCCCAUACCACCCGAGUGGAAACCCGGUGGAGAGAUUUAAUAGGACCCUUCUUCAGAUGUUGGGCACUCUUGAAAAUAAGAAAAAGUCUUGCUGGAAGGAUUUUGUGAGACCCAUGGUGCAUGCAUACAACUGCACUCGAAGUGAUGUGACUGGGUAUACUCCCUAUGAACUCAUGUUUGGGAGGCAGCCCAGAUUGCCUGUCGACUUGGCUUUUGGUCUGCCAGUAAAUAAGCCUACCAAGACUCACUCUCAAUAUGUGAAGGACUUAAAAGAGUGUCUGAGAGAAAGCUAUGAGAUUGCCAUGAAGACCGCAGCAAAAGUAGCUGACCGUAACAAGCGCAGAUUUGACAAGCAUGUGGUUGUUUCUACCCUUGAAGUGGGAGAUAAAGUACUGGUACGGAAUGUGAAGCUGAGAGGGAAGAACAAGCUGGCGGACAAAUGGGAGCCAGAUGUUUAUGUUGUUCUUCGGAAAGUUGAAGAUAUCCCAGUGUAUACAGUCCAGCCAGAGGGGAGAAAUGGACCCGUUCGCACCCUACAUCGUGACUUGCUUCGGCCUUGUGGUUUCAUACCUGCGAGUGAAGAUGAGGAAUCUGUCCCUCCAAAGGCCUGUCAUAGACCAAGAACCAGAUUACAAACUGGCAAUAAAGCAGCUUACCAAGAGCAUGUGGCAAGCAGUCAGUCGGAUUCAGACGAUGACCUGAUUUGUAUUAGAAAUCAGGAACAACAGCUGGAAUUCACUACAACCAACAUCUCACCUUCUUGCAGAUGUCCAACGAUUGUACCAAACUUACCUGAAGUAAAGUCCGGGGAAACGCCGUCCGCCACUGUGAACCCUGAAAAAGAAAACUUACCUGAGAGACUCGAUGAAAUCCUCAUAGACAAUCAAGCAAGGGAUGAUGAUGGAUAUAACCUACCUGUGAUGGAUCAAUUUAGUAAUGACACAACUGCAAUUGAACCUGAAAGAGAGAAUUUGCAAUUGAAAUACCUUGUAGGAACUGAUGCAUUAAAUAACUUACCUGUGCAGAACAAACAACAGGACCAGGGGUCUGUUGAGCCCCCAUCUGAGACCCUCAAUGAGGAGGAUGAAAGGGGUGAUGGCCUGAUACAGGAUGAAUCUGUAAAUUUGAGUACUCAAGACAGCCUAAUUGAGACUGGCCAGAGGGUAGAAGAUGUCCCCAGGCGCUCUCAGAGACAUUGUGAGCCACCUAAGAGGCUGCAGUACCCUAAGUUGGGUAAUCCCCUUUCAUUAGUCGUACAGUCAUUACUGAAAGGGCUCAGUACAGCCUUCACUGUGUCAUUGGAAGAGCCUGAUUCUCUUAAGAGUACGUCUGUGGAAAUGUAUGGUGGAUAUCCCUCUGCGAUUGUUUCGCAGCCUAAAAGAUGCAGCGGGACCUGCAUAUCUUCCAGAAGGGGAGAGUGUAACCCGGGUAAUCCAGUUACUAGUUAAGAUUAAGAAUUAUAAAAUAAUAAUAAAGUGAAAUAUAAUAAAAUAAUUAAGUGAAGAAAAGUGAGAAAAGUAAGAAAGGAGGAAAGUUCUAGAAGGAAAACUGUUUUGCCCAAUCACAGCCCUUAUUUCAGUGACUGACUCUCCAAAGAGCCAAUGUUAGCAGCACUUUCAUAAGCCCCGCCCACAACCUGCAGCGGCACUACUAGACUGUCAGUUUGAAAGACAGAGUGAGAGAGUGAAACGGAGCAGCUACACAGAGCGAUAUUCAGAGAUCCUCUAUAAGAAAGUUUUAAAAUAGAUCGCGAAUAACUUUGGAUGCAGUAAAUAGUCAUAUUUCUGAACGGAUUCGAUUACGUGAAGUUGUCAUUGGAGUGAGAGGACGACAAAGCAAAGAUUUGUGAACUGAAAGUGGAUGAAAUCCAACGGAGAAUUGGAGUGUUGCAAAUGAGCUUAUUUGAAUAUAUAUGAAGUUAUUGCCUUGGCUGGGUUUUUGUUUUGUCUAUGAUUUAUUCUACGUGAUUUCCUGUGAGAGAUUCCUGUUUUGUGCCAUAUUUAAUCCUUCUGGAGAGGAAUCUGUGUAUCUGACGUGAUUAAAUAUGCACAAUGGCGAGCCAUCAAUGAACCUGUUUCCACUUUGAACUGUGCUAAGAUUCACCAACUGGUAGGAAAUUUCCAAUUUUUUCUUGCUUUUGGACACAAAAAAAGACUCUCGUUUGUUGAACUCUUGAUAUUUUUUUCUUCUACCAAAAGGAGAGAUUGUCUUUUGAACUUGAGCUCAUUGAGAGAGUUUAAUAACUCUUGUUACUGAACUGAAUCAUUUGAUUCACGAACUGUGUUCAACUGAGUUGUUUGAUCUUUAUUGGAACUGAACUGAAUCAUUUGAUUCACGAACUGUGUUCAACUGAGUCGUUUGAUCAUUAUUCGAACUGAAUUGAAUCAAUUUGAUGCAUUUGUGUAUUUUCAGCUCAUAUUGUUGAGUAUUCUGUUGAGUUUGAAAAGAAAAGUGAUCUGUUCUGAGAAAUUUGAAUCACAUUCAGUGUUCUGAGUUAAAUUGAAUGUCCAUUCAAUAUUUUUUGGGGUUUUAUUGAAUGUAAUAUUUUGCUGAAGGUCAUAUUAUUUGUAAAAUACUUUCCCUGAAGUGAAAGAAAAACACACUACUGUUUUAUUUUGAGAGUUUUAUUUAUUUUUAUAUUUUGUGAAGAGUGUGAAACUUCAAAUUGAAUUGAAUCUGUCAAACUGUUGAAUUCUUGAUCCUAUAAGAAAUGAAAGAAGAUUGUUAAUUGUUGAUCUUCACUGUUAACAACUGAGUCUAUAUCUGUGAAUUAUUCAUUGAACAAAUAACAAAAUAGAAAUUUUCUAUAAUAAUACAAUUCACUGAAUCAGAACAAAA